CGGGCGGCACGAACAUCAAGUAAGAAAUGCGCUGUAGCCGAUCAUAAGGUUUCAAAAACUUUGCUCAUUCUCGAUUGCAACGGCUGUGAGCACAAGCUUCUCAAUUCACUCUCCUAUCUGACCUUAAUUGGCGCUCAUCCUCUCUCUGGCGGUCGCAUUCGCACGAUUGUAAAGUUGCAUGAUACAACGAAUCUAGG